AUGGUCCACACCACCGGUUCUUACCUCAACGAUUUGGACCACCUAGCUGUGAACCUCUCCUCGGAGAGCGAGCAGCUCCACCAGGGGUUCUACGACAGUGUGAGGCACAUUCACGUUUUGCAGCACGAGAUUCAGGUGUGGAACCAGAUCUACACCGCAGCCCGGGUAGAGGCCCACCGCAGCAAGGUGUGCUACAUGGAGGCGAACCUGAUGCGACAGACCGAGACCCAGCUUGAGGGUACCGCCAAGUCAUGGUGGGAUAGCUACUGUGACUCCCACCAUGACCCAGCACACAUCUCGUGGGAGGAGUUUGCCAGGGCGUUCCGUGAGCAGCACGUGCCCCGGCAAGUGAUGAUUCAGAAGGCCCAGGAGUUCCGUACCAUGACUCAGGGUACAAUGAAGGUGGAGGAGUACGAGCGCCACUUCACCAAGAUGAUGAGGUAUGCCGCAGAUGACACCAACACCGAGGAGAAGAAGCAGUUCUGGUUUCUCCGAGGACUACACCACGGCAUCCGUCAGAUCGUGACGGGAUGCGAGUACCCAUCCCUCCACAGCUUGGUCAACCGUGCCAUUGCUGUGGAGAGGGAGAGACUGGGAUGGGAAGACCGUCAGCGCAACAAGAAGCUCCAGACCGACCACCAGGUACGAGACCGGCCCUUCCAGAAGGCAAGGAACGCGCCACCUCUGCCACCGAGGAGCGGUUUCCGCCCCGGCUCCAGUCAGCCGAGUAGGAACUGUGGUGGGGGAGGCAACCACUACUCCGGCAACAGGACCCACGGAGGACAGAACCAGGGAGGAGGCAACUACCACCGCCAGCAGCCGGCACAGAGGACCAACAGUGGCUCGACGCCAUUUGUUUGCUUCACUUGCAACAAACCGGGCCACAAGUCCUAUGAGUGCCCCGAGAAGAAGACCUCGACUCCAGCUCGCGCGCUUGGCUCCGCCGGCAGGCCCGCUCAAGCUCCACGCUCCGCAGACCGUGGCCGCCUCACCCACCUCACUGAGGAGGAGGCCCGGGAUGCCCCCGACGUCGUGACAGGUCUACCACCGGACAGGGAUGUCGAGUUCAUGAUUGACCUUGUGCCAGGGACGGCACCGAUCGCGAAGCGACCCUACCGCAUGUCCGCAGAAGAACUCACCGAGUUGAAGAAUCAACUAAAGGACCUGCUAGAUAAACAGUACAUCAGACCUAGCGCAUCGCCAUGGGGAUCACCCAUGUUGUUCGUGAGGAAGAAGGAUGGAACCAUGAGCAAGAUUGAUCUGAGGUCCGGAUACCAUCAGAUGAAGAUCCGGGAGUGUGACAUUCCGAAGACAGCGUUCGUGACCAGAUAUGGCCAGUACGAGUUCACCGUAGUAUCCUUCGGGCUGACCAAUGCACCCGCCUACUUCAUGAACAUGAUGAACAAUGUGACAUUCUUGUAA